CGGCUCGCCGCGGCCAUGGCGCGCGGGGCUGGGCUCCCGCUGCUGCUCUGCUGCCUCGGGCCGCUGCUGUGCGGCGCUGCGGGGCGGAGCCGGGCGCCUCGGGACGCGGAGCCGGGCGCCGCCGCGCCAGGGGUGCCGGCGGGCAGGGCCGGGAGCGACCCCUCCUGGCAGUACUGGCGGUACGUGGCCUGCCGGCUGUGGCGGGAGGGCUGCGAGCAGCCGCAGGAAGAGGCCAGCCGGGAGCCGCAGGGUUGGAGCUUGCCCCUGGUGGGUCAGGAUUAUCUGGAGAUCCUUUCCAGCUGGUACUGCAGAUUUGGAAAGUGCUGCGAGACAGGAGACUGCAGAAUAGCCAACAACAUCACAGGGUUAGAGUUGGACCUAAGCAGGAGGCUACAUGGGCAGCACUUGGCAGAGGAUGUCAUUCUGAAAGCAGUGCAAGGCUUCCUGGAGACCCCACAGUCAGAGAAGGCUCUGGCUCUGUCGUUCCAUGGCUGGUCUGGCACUGGGAAAAACUUUGUGGCCCGGAUGAUCGCUGAUCACUUGUACCGAGACGGGCUGAAAAGCGAGUGUUCUAAAGUCUUUAUCUCGCUCUAUCACUUCCCACAUCCCAAAUAUGUGGACUUGUACCAGGUUCAGCUGAAGAAGCAGAUAAGCGAAACAGUGCAGCUCUGCAAGCAGUCAUUGUUCAUCUUCGAUGAGGCAGAGAAGCUUCACUCUGGCCUGCUGGAUGCCAUCAAACCCUAUGUGGAUCACUAUGACAGCAUCGAUGGGGUGGAUUACAGGAGAUCCAUUUUCCUAUUCCUCAGUAACAUUGGUGGGAACAUCAUCAACCAGGUGACCUUGGACUUCUGGCGAGCUGGACGGGCCAGGGAGGAGAUCACCAUGGAAUACUUGGAGCAGCACCUACGCCUGGAGCUGCUUAAGUCCACAGAUGGUGGCUUUGCUCACAGCCACCUCCUUCAAGAGAACCUCAUUGACUUUUUUGUGCCAUUCCUGCCUCUGGAGAAUCGCCAUGUGAAGCUGUGCGUGCGGGAUGCUUUUCUGGCCCGCAGCCUUCCAUACACUGAGGAGGUGCUGGACGAGGUGGUCAGGACGAUGGUGUUCAUCCCCGAGGAGAAGCUUUUCUCUGCACAAGGUUGUAAAUCUGUGUCUCACCGCAUCAACUAUUUCCUACCCUGAAUGUGAGGGGGAACUGUACCAGUGACCAGCAUGGCUGCUUACUGCAUAAUGAGACCUGCUCCUCUUGCAUGAGCAGAUUGAAAAUUCAUCCACUUGCACAGUGAUGGGAACUUGUGAAGUCCCUCAGAACUUGAAAGAGACCUCCAAGGGUUGCUGUGAUUGUCAAAGUUGUGUGGCACCUGUGCAGCAUUCAGCUGGUAGAAGGCUAUGGCUGGCUAUACCUGCCUUGCCUACUUGAAGUUCUGCUCUGAGCUACUUGCUAAGAGAUGGAAGCAAUGAUUAGCUGUUGCCAAAGCAAGAUUUCUGGAUGGCAAAUAGUGGUCUGCUUCACAUGAGCAGAGUUGGUCUGGGACCUUGGCUUAUUGUGGUGUGAGUGGGAUAGCUUAGCACCUUCAAUGGGAAAGUCUGAAGAGGUCACAGAAGUCACAUCCUUGCUUCUGGGCCUCUUCCCCUGCGGUGUCAUUUCCAGCACCUGCAAAGUAAAAUCAGUGCACUAGCUGUUGGUAAGACAGUGAUGGAGAAAAAUCUAAACUUGGCUAUGGAGCUAUCUCCCAUUUGGGGAUUGGUCUCAGAGUGAGAACGUGUGUCCCAGAAACCUUCUUACCAAGCCAGCUCUAGGAGUGGAUGUCCAGCAGCCUGCACAGAUGAUGAUGCACAGUUUGAAUAGAGAUUAGGACUAAGAUUUCCAUCUACUGUGGGCAUUCCAGGCGUAUAACGCUGACCUUUUAGUGUCCUUGCUCUUUGGUGACUUCCAUACAAGACUCCAAGUGAGAGGACAAAUAGUUCUUGACAAUUUAUUUAAUAUAAAGAUUAAAAAACCUUAUUUUGUU